GAAUGUAAACUCCAUGCAGGCUAGAGCUCAGUAAGUAUUUGUUGAAAGAAAUAAAUACAGGUUCAAUUUUAGGCUGCAUUAGAAACCUAACGUUUUCCAGUUGGAAAAUGUGUUUUGUGUUCCAGAAGAGCUGAAUCUUAUGUAGACUGGAACACAGCCUACCACUAAGCUGCGGAAUGCUUAUAUAGUUCUGCCACUUCUGAAACAAAGACUACAAGAGUCCUGGGAUAUUUACAUCUACAAUUUCGGUUACUUCACUCUUCAGCUUAAAGCCUUUUUCCUCAUGCACCACAGAACUUGGACCUUGUGUGACCACUGCUGCUGAAACCAUGGUGAUGCUGGCGUUUUUGUGGAUGGUGGAAAGGAGUGUUCACCCACGGUAAAGGGCUGCGCCUGACAGUGUUGGGACAUGCCCCUGCUUGUGAAAAGCUGUUAGAUUUGUAAGACUCCAGGGCCUUCAAGCUGUGAUUAAUCAGAUGGUUCCUGAAAUGACUGGGAAAGCAGACACUUGCCAGCCAGCUGAAGAGUGUAUGUCUGUGUGUAUUUAAAACCUUUCUGUGCACACACAUGAGAAGACAGGCUCAUUCUGGUGCACACUUGAAGCAUUUUCCAACUGAUGAAAAUUAAUUUAAGUAUCAGAUGGAGCAACUUGACACCACGGGGCUCAGGAGCCCGGGGAGAAAAAUACAUCACUAAUGGCCAAUUUUCCAUAUGGUCUUCACGGGUAAAGAAAGUUUGCAAAAAGAAGAAGAAAAAACUGGCACAGAUCAAGCUUCAAAAAUACCUCUCCAGUAUAAAGGAGCUAAGUGAGACAGUGACUGUGGGACAAGUGUGAUUUCAAGCAUUGCAAGUGGGAUCAGAUAGUGGUUUUUGCACUUUAUUUUUCAGUGGAUUUGGUGAUUUGGACAGACUGUAAGAUUCUGGACUGACAAGUAUCUCUUACUGUGAGAUUGUGGCUGGAGGAAAGCCAGUUCAGGUUUGAUGGGACAAGUUUGAACAAUGAACUGGUUCCUUUGCCUUUUUCAGUUGACUGUACUCGAGAAAUUUUAAUUUAUUAUUUCCCUUUUCUGUUUCUAUAGGAUAAUAUCUUAGGUAGCAUUUGAAACCGAUAAUUACAAAGUAAAUAUCAAGGACCACCCAAUCAAAGCUUCUUUUCCUUGGACUGUACAUGUGGCAUUUGGAAACAUUCUCUGAAUGUGAACAAAAAAGAGCCCAUCAGCAAAAUGUGGUAACUCUUUAGGGAAACAGUGGGGAAGAACCUGACCCUUGCCUGUGUUUUUGUUUUAAGGUAUUCUCUUUUCUGUUGAAUUCAAGAAGAUUGCACAGAUAAGAGGAGGAUUACUUGAUGGACUUAAACCUGAGAUUAAUUUUUUUUCUUCAAGAUGAAAAAAUAUGUGAUUUUUAGGAGCAGAAAGGGGAGAAGUUAGACUAGGGGAGAGAGGAAGGAGGCAGGCAAAAGAGACGAAAUCUGCAGCCAGGCUUCGUUUUGUCAGAAAGAGGAUUUAGGAUUCAUCUGAGGCAAACACUUGGACUGUUUUCAGGGCUUUACAACGUUCUGGCUUGGUGGAGUGAAGGGGGCUCUCUCUCGAUAUCUCUAUGGCACCAAGGGCUGUGUGGGCCUGUGGAGGGGCAGUCAGAUAGAGCCCAGCUUUCCCUGGGAACACAGUGACCUGCCAGAAAACUGGGCUGGUUUCUGAGGUGGGAUGUUUUGGGUUCUGAACAGCAGCAAAGAGUCUUCUUCCUAAACUUGGACUGCUGAGUGCACAAACUCUGGUUGUUCUGUACGGUGCGUGUGCCUUUUUUCCCUUUAUGCAAUCUUUUCAGCUUUAGCAGCAGAAAUUUGUCUAGUUGAGAAAACAUGCCAGAGGGUGGCUUCAGAAAGAGGAUGAUCCCCUGUGCUCUGUCUCUGCGUCUGAACUUUUGAAGAGAAAAUUCCAGCUCGAGGGAUUCUUAAAGCCUUAAGUUACUUGAAAUCUAUGUCUUUGCAACCCUUGGUCUCUGGAAUCAUAUUACACUAAACUGGAAUCUCAGGCUGAAUCAGAAUAACCAAGCUCAGUAAAAAGAAGAAAACUCAGUUUCUUGAUACCGCGUAUUAAUGACGCUCUUUCUCCAAAGGGUCAGCCCACUCUUCCUCUAAGGACUUGAAAAUAAAAAUGGACCCCACAUUUUUUUAAGCAUUACCUUUUCUUAGCAGACUGCCAUCAUCUUUUAUAGAGGAAUUUUUUCACUAUGCAUUUGGUGGAUCUUUAUAAAAUACUGACCUAAUUAGGUCUAGGUCAAUCUUAACUAAAGGGGGUUGGGGAACGCAAUGCAAGCCAACCACAAAAAUAGAAUAAAUCAAUGAGAGGAGUUGGUUUAAAUUUUUUGGCAUUCAACAUUACUUUUUAAGUAAAAUAGUUCACUGAAAAAAAGUAUGUAUGCAGCGGUGGAACAAGGGCCCGUCCUUUGCAGCGACUCCAACAUCCUCUGCCUGUCCUGGAAGGGACGCGUCCCCAAGAGCGAGAAGGAGAAGCCUGUGUGCAGGAGGCGCUACUAUGAGGAGGGCUGGCUGGCCACGGGCAACGGCCGGGGCGUCGUGGGUGUGACCUUUACCUCGAGCCACUGCCGCCGGGACAGGAAUACUCCACAGAGAAUCAACUUUAACCUGCGAGGCCACAAUAGCGAGGUUGUGCUGGUAAGGUGGAAUGAGCCAUACCAGAAGCUGGCCACGUGUGACGCAGAUGGAGGGAUAUUUGUGUGGAUUCAGUAUGAAGGAAGAUGGUCUGUGGAACUGGUCAACGACCGAGGGGCUCAGGUGAGUGAUUUCACUUGGAGCCAUGAUGGGACUCAAGCACUUAUUUCAUAUCGAGAUGGGUUUGUCCUGGUUGGGUCUGUCAGUGGACAAAGACACUGGUCAUCUGAGAUCAACUUGGAAAGUCAGAUCACAUGUGGCAUAUGGACUCCUGAUGACCAACAGGUGCUGUUUGGCACGGCCGACGGGCAGGUGAUCGUCAUGGACUGCCACGGCAGGAUGCUGGCCCACGUCCUCCUGCACGAGUCCGACGGCAUCCUUAGCAUGUCCUGGAACUACCCUGCCUUCCUGGUGGAGGACAGCAGUGAGAGCGACACAGACUCCGACGACUACUCCCCGCCCCAAGAUGGUCCAGCAGCAUAUCCCAUCCCAGUGCAGAAUAUCAAGCCGCUGCUCACUGUCAGCUUCACCUCGGGGGACAUCAGCUUAAUGAACAACUAUGAUGACUUGUCUCCUACUAUCAUCCGCUCAGGACUGAAAGAGGUGGUUGCCCAGUGGUGCACGCAGGGAGACCUCCUCGCGGUUGCUGGUAUGGAACGGCAAACCCAGCUUGGCGACCUUCCCAAUGGCCCUCUCCUGAAGAGUGCCAUGGUCAAGUUCUACAAUGUUCGUGGGGAGCACAUCUUCACACUGGACACACUUGUGCAACGCCCCAUCAUCUCCAUCUGCUGGGGCCACCGGGACUCCAGAUUGCUGAUGGCUUCAGGACCGGCCCUGUACGUGGUACGUGUGGAGCACCGGGUGUCCAGCCUGCAGCUGCUGUGCCAGCAGGCCAUCGCCAGCACCCUGCGAGAAGACAAGGAUGUCAGCAAGCUGACCCUGCCCCCCCGCCUCUGCUCCUACCUCUCCACUGCCUUCAUCCCCACCAUCAAGCCCCCGAUUCCAGACCCUAACAACAUGCGAGACUUUGUCAGCUACCCCUCAGCUGGCAACGAGCGUCUGCAUUGCACCAUGAAGCGCACGGAAGACGACCCAGAGGUGGGCGGCCCAUGCUACACACUCUACCUGGAGUACUUGGGCGGGCUCGUGCCCAUUCUCAAGGGGCGGCGCGUUAGCAAGCUGCGGCCAGAGUUUGUCAUCAUGGACCCCCGGACGGAUAGCAAAUCAGAUGAAAUCUAUGGGAAUAGCUUGAUUUCUACUGUGAUCGAUAGCUGCAACUGCUCGGACUCCAGUGACAUCGAACUGAGUGAUGACUGGGCUGCCAAGAAAUCUCCCAAAAUUUCCCAAGCGAGCAAAUCACCCAAGCUCCCAAGGAUCAACAUUGAGGCUCGGAAGUCUCCCAAGCUGUCCCGGGCUGCUCAGGAGAUGUCCAGGUCCCCUCGGUUGCCAAUGCGCAAACCCUCCAUUGGCUCACCCAGCCUGACGCGGAGAGAGUUUCCCUUUGAAGACAUCACUCAGCACAACUACCUUGCUCAGGUCACGUCUAAUAUCUGGGGAACCAAAUUUAAGAUCGUGGGCUUGGCUGCUUUCCUGCCAACCAACCUCGGUGCAGUAAUCUAUAAAACCAGCCUCCUGCAUCUCCAGCCGCGGCAGAUGACCAUCUAUCUCCCAGAGGUCAGGAAGAUUUCCAUGGACUAUGUGAAUUUACCUGUCUUCAACCCAAAUGUGUUCAGUGAAGAUGAAGAUGAUUUACCAGUGACGGGAGCAUCUGGCGUGCCAGAAAACAACCCACCUUGUACCGUGAACAUCCCUAUCGCACCCAUCCACAGCUCAGCGCAAGCUAUGUCCCCCACGCAGAGCAUAGGGCUGGUGCAGUCCCUCUUGGCCAAUCAGAACGUGCAGCUGGACGUCCUGACCAAUCAGACCACGGCUGUGGGGGCAGCUGAGCACGCAAGUGAGAAUGCCACCCAGUACCCGGGCUCCAACCGCUACUCCAACCCUGGACAGGUGAUCUUCGGGGGCGUAGAGAUGGGCCGUCUCAUCCCCAAUCCUCCGCAGCUAUCCCUGCCACCACCUGCACAGGGGCCCGUCCAGCUGUCGGUGGUGGAGCAUGGAGACCGCGAGCAGGAGCACCUGCAGAAGCCAGCCAAGGCGCUGAGGCCCGCGCCACAGCUGACUGCUGAGGGGGACGCCGUGGUAUUCGGCACCCCCCAGGAGAUCCAGGUGGCAAAGUUGAAUCCCCCACCCCCCUAUCCAGGAACCAUCCCCGCAGCCCCCACCACUGCAGCGCCACCACCGCCUGUCGACGUGUGCUUGAAGAAGAGCGACUUCUCGCUGUACCCCACGGCAGUGCAUUACCAGCCCCCCCUGGGCUACGAGAGGAUCACCACCUUCGACAGCAGCGGCAACGUGGAGGAGGUGUGCCGGCCUAGGACGCGGAUGCUCUGCUCGCAGAACACCUACACCCUUCCCGGCCCGGGCAGCUCGGCUACCCUGAGGCUCACUGCCACCGAAAAGAAGGUGCCACAGCCCUGCACCAGCGCGACCCUGAACCGCCUGACGGUCCCACGCUACUCCAUCCCCACGGGAGACCCACCCCCCUAUCCCGACCUGGCUGGCCCGCUGGCCUCCAGCCGGGUCGCAGCGCAGCGGCUGGAUGGAGGCCUUAUUCACGCCACACUGCGCAGAAAUAACCGCGAGGUGGUGCUCAAGGCUGCGGCGCCCGCUGAGCCCCCACGGGCCCUGCCGCAGCACCCGCCCCUGCAGCACCCAUCCAAGCCCAAGGGCGCAGCGCCGUUCCCUUCACGGCCCCCGGCAGCACUGUACACUUGCAGCCAAUGCAGUGGUGGGGGUGCAACCGGGCGGCCCGAGCCGGGCGCCGGGGGUGCGCAGGCGGCCGGCACCUCCCCGCUGGCCUCGCAGUCCUCCUACAGCCUCCUGAGCCCGCCUGAUGGUGCCCGCGAGCGCACCGACUAUGUCAACUCAGCAUUCACUGAGGACGAGGCGCUCGCCCAGCACUGUCCUGUGGAGAAGCCCCUGAGGCACCCAGCACUGCCUGAAGCUGCUGUGGCUGUGAAACGGCCACCCCCUUACCAGUGGGACCCCAUGCUGGGGGAGGACAUUUGGGUGCCUCAGGAAAGGACAGCACAGACUGGAGUUCCCAACCUCCUGAAACUGCCCCCUCUGGUCGUAAGUCAGAGCCAGCACCUCGAUGUGUCCCGAGUGCCCUUUGUCUCCCCCAAGUCUCCCACCAGCCCCACUGCCACUUUCCAGACAGGCUAUGGGAUAGGAGUGCCCUAUCCAGGAAGCUAUAACAACCCCCCUUUGCCAGGAGUUCAGGCUCCCUGCUCCCCAAAAGAUACCCUGUCCCCCACACAGUUUGCACAGCAGGAGCCCACUGUGGUCCUGCAGCCGGCCUACCCUCCCAGCCUGUCCUACUGCACCUUGCCCCCCAUGUAUCCCGGAAGCAGCACGUGCUCUAGUUUACAGCUGCCAUCCAUCGCCUUGCACCCCUGGAAUUCCUACAGUGCGUGCCCGCCCAUGCAGAACCCCCAGGGCACUCUCCCCUCCAAGGCACACUUGGUGGUAGAGAAGCCCCUCGUGUCCCCACCACCACCCACUGACCUCCAAAACCACCUGGGUACAGAGGUGAUGGUAGAGACCUCAGACAACUUCCAAGAGGUCCUGUCUCUGACAGAAAGCCCAGUUCCCCAGCGGACAGAGAAAUUCGGAAAGAAGAACCGGAAGCGCUUGGAUAGCCGCGCAGAGGAAGGAAAUGUCCAGGCUGUCACGGAGGGCAGAGUGAGGAAGGAGGCGCGGACUCUGAGUGACUUUAAUUCCCUGAUCUCCAGCCCCCGCCUGGGGAGAGAGAAGAAAAAAGCGAAGAGCCAGAAAGACCAGCUGAAGUCGAAGAAGUUGAAUAAGACAAAUGAGUUCCAGGACAGCUCAGAGAGUGAGCCAGAGCUGUUCAUCAGCGGGGACGAGCUGAUGAACCAGAGCCAGGGCAGCAAGAAGGGCUGGAAGAGCAAGAGGAGCCUGCGGACGGCCAGCGAGCUGGAGGAGUUUAAGUGCCGGAAAGCCAGUGAGAGGGAGGAUGGGCGGCUGGGCAGCCAGGGCUUCGUGUAUGUCAUGGCCAACAAGCAACCCCUCUGGAACGAGGCCACCCAGGUGUACCAGCUGGACUUUGGGGGGCGCGUGACCCAGGAGUCAGCCAAGAACUUCCAGAUCGAGCUGGAGGGGCGGCAGGUGAUGCAGUUUGGAAGGAUCGAUGGCAAUGCGUACAUUCUGGACUUCCAGUACCCCUUCUCAGCUGUGCAGGCCUUCGCAGUUGCCCUGGCCAACGUGACUCAGCGCCUCAAGUGAAGAGCCUGACUUGGCGAGCAGAAAGAGACAAAGGAGCCUUUUCAGAGAGGUCUGAUUGCAGAUGCUAGAGGAGCCCACAUGGGACCUGGGUGUCUGGGAGACCAGAACACAAGAGCAAACUGGAAAAGUCUUAUCAGGCCCAGGAGAGGGCACUGACCUUUAGCGUUGUCGUUUGUUUGGGCUUUUUUAUUCUUUAUUGUCUGUCUUUCUUUUUAAUCAAACAAAACAAUACAGGAGAGAAGUAUUUGGAAGCAAAGGUGCCAGGCACCUGGUGGUGUUUUUUUGGGAAACAUACUUGCUUAUGGUAAUGUUCCACUGGGUUUGCUUAUGUCAGCUAUGGAUGAGGGAUCCUCAGAGGGAAGACAGACUGCCUUGUAGCCUGUUCUUCUUUUAGAUUUAAGGAGUGUGCAUUCUUCCCAUCUCCACAGCAUCACUAGUGUAAAAGAAAAAACCUCUUUAAAAACACACCAAAAAUCCUGAAAGUACAGGUUCUCUUGAGGGGACAUUUAAUUCACAUAUGUUAUGUUAUGUUACUCCCCCAAAGGUGACUUGAUUAAUGAAGGGUAUUUUUGCAAAUGCACUAUUUGACUAAUAAAAGUAGGCUUUCUACUGGGGUGCUCUUACCAGGUAUGGAUAUGAUAUGUUCCUGAUGAUGUGGGGGAAGAGAUGAUAGGUGAGAAGGAAUCUCCUGCACAUGGUCACAUGGGCGACUUAACAUAGUGUGACUUGAAACAGUACAAGGACUAUGCUCCUCUCUGGAGGAUGUUUACAUUGAAGAUUCCACUAGUUUUAUAAUAUGUCAAAAUUCCAUAGGUUCAGUUUGACUGACGAGGUGAAAGUAGGAGAGAAAUGUGGAAAGGUCCCAGUGGGGGAGGGGGGGGCUAGAGCCAGGUACUGGGUACCCGCUUGCUGAAUAGUAACAUGUAUUCCCUCUCUCUUUACUGUUGAGUCUGGAAGUGUGACAGCAGACAUCCUUCCCAUCAGACAGCAAUGUUCUACACUUUUUCUAAAAAUGCUGACGAUACUGAUUUAAAAGUACUCCUUUCCUCUUCUCAGCUAUGUUAAAAUUCAAUUGACUAGAAAUGUUUUUCAACAGAUUAGAAAUGUAAGCAAAAAUUUUUAAGCAUUUACCAGGGUAUUAAGAGGUAGAGUUAUAGUCAACCUUUCACAGAAGUCCCACAGUCUUCUCCAGGAAAACAAUUUAUUCACUGUACAGACUGUUCACAGAGGAGAUGACCCUCUGAGACAGCACGGUUAAAACUGAAGGAUUUAAGGUAGUUGGCUGACUACUGCUGGUUAAUUGAAAAAAAAAAAAAAAGUCCACUGUGAUUAUCUUUUCCCACCUCACCCCGUGCUCAGGGGACACCUUGGGCAGUGUUUAGCCCCGGUGGCAAGACCCACUUCAUUGCUCUCGUCUGCGAUGUUGUUUAGGGCAGGAGCACAAGAACUAACCUACAUUUGGAUUUUGUUUGAAAACAGAAAAGUGGAAAAUAAUACAGAAAAGUUAUUUUCAAAAAAUUUCUUAAUUCCAUGUUUUGGUUUAAAAAUAUGUUUUUAAUUCCCUGUUUUGGCUUAAAACUUAGAAAAGGAACUGCCCCAUUCCUUUCACAGAGCAAGGUGACAUCCAUGACCCACCAUUCUCUCUAGCCCCCAAAGAAACACAGAUAAGAUUUUUAAAUAUGGUGAAGGACAUCUCCCAGUCAAUACCAGAGCUUCCCAUCUUAUAUUUUAAAAUAUUUAACCAGAUUCUUUGGUGGGUAAAUUCUUCCAAAAAGAAUUUAAUAAUGUAUUCAGAUUUAUAUAAUUCUUUUAUGUGAGUUUUUGUAGCUUGAUAUGUUGUUUCAGUGGUUAUUAUUAGUUGUGCAAUAUCGUUAUAGCCUAUUUCUAAAAUAAUUUAAAUGCAAUUCUGUUGUAUUGUCCAAGAGAUAAUUAUUUAUCUUGCUUUAAUAGUGUUCUUAGGAAUUACUUUAUUACUAUGUACUGGUGAGUUAUGCCCAUGUUAUAAUUUAUUUAGAAAAGUAGUAUGUUUAUAACGACUUCCUUGGUAGCAGUAUAUUUUGCUGCAGGAAAUAAAGAGGAUAUGAGAGGGGGUUUUUGCUGGACAGUUUGUAAAUUUUCUAAUGGGGCAAACAUGUCUGUUAAUCCUUUAAAAGUUUUUUUUUUCUGCUUUUUGUGGUACUGAUUAUAUACAAAGGAGAUUUCUUUGAGAUAACAGAUCCUAAAAUAUUUCCCGUUCUUUUGAAAAUUUUGUUUUUAAUUAAAAACAAAAGGCUCUAUGAAAUGAGAAGAGACUUAUUAGAAUGGGAGUAGCAAAGGAAGGAAUUAUUAGUAAUAAGUCAGUUUUUAAAAUUCUGGUUGGUUUUUGAGAUAUAAAAGGGGGAGUACUUUUUAGGACUUCUCUUAAUAAGAGCAAAUAUAGGGGGAAAUCCUUGGAAUUAAUGCUCCAAAUACAUGUGUGAAGAUAAUGUAUUUGUAGCAAAUAAUUAACCAACUUUACUAAAUUCUUAGCCCAUUCCCCAAAAGGCAUUUGCCCACGUGGAGACAGAGACCUCCGUCUUGGAUGUUUCACACACAUGAGUGAGCCUCUGAAUGAGCAGCGCUGCCCCGCCCUGCUCAACAGGCCCAAAGGAGCAGGUAAUUUCAGAUGCCAGAUCUAUUUAAACAGAUGUCUGCAGCAGUGCAGUGUCUUUUAAGUUAAUGGUGAUGGCUUUACUUAUUUUAAACAUUGUUUUCAUUCAUUCAGUUUCAAUUUGUUAAGUACUACUAAAGUCAGUACUUUAAGCAGCAGAAUUCUACAUACUUUAUGCUUAUUGGUAGCAAUUUAUGAAUAUUAAGAUACCUCAUUGAAUCUCUACAUAUAAAAAUAUUAGCCCAGUAAACAGUCAACUACGUAAAAAAUCCAUGCCUUUUUGAAGGAAGCAGUAUAUUAACAAACAUAAAAAACAAUUUUAAAUUUGUCUUAACUCUAACCUCAUCAAACCAAAGGCAAAGAUUUGUAUACAGUCCAUCCACUGAAUGUAUAUUCUGAAAAAAUUGGUGCAAAAGAAGCAGGAAAUGUCAAAGCUCGAAUGGCAGUAGACGUCAGGAUUGUGCAGGUUAGUAUUUUUCAUCCAUGCCCAUUGCUCCCUCGUCGAAUGUCCCAGGAAGACAUGGGAAAAUGUGUACAUUCAUCCUGUAAUCAGAGCAGAAAGUUAGGAACCCAGAAUCGAGCCUGCUCCUCCACAGAGUUGGAGGAUGGCCUUGAGCCUCCAUUUGUCCAUCUAUAAGAUGAAAGGGAUGACCUGGACAAUCUUCUAAACUUCCGUCCCACUCUAAAAGCCUGAGGGCUCAAAAUGUGACCUAUGGCUCCACUUUACACACUCGGAAGGUAUGUUUCAAAACAUUGCCUCUUGUAGAGAAAUGUUUCUUUUCCAUGUUAAUGAGCUGUCUUCUGAAUGUAAAUCAGGGCAUUUAAAAUAAUAUCUUCAGAACAUUCACCUCUAGAAAAAUGCAUCUGGAAUAGUGUUCGUUUUCAUAAAAUUACACAAAAGCACUGGCUCCAUAUAAGACAGAGGAGCCUCCCCACGAGUAUGCCCUGCUCAGUGGCCGUCCUUGAGAAUAACCCUAAAGUAACUCACCACAUGCCCCAAAGACCAUCGAGUGGGUUGAAAAAAGACAAAGGAGUGUAGGCCUAGGCCGUCUUGAAUUCUUGAGCGUGCUCUGCAGUGUUAACGCUACCUUCAAGUGUAGGUUUCUGGAAAAGGAGCCCUUUGUGUCCCUGUGUGGCCCAUCAAUCACUUGGCCAAGUCAAUGGUUGUGAACAAGUUAGUUGAGACAAAAUGUGUCAAAAAUGUUGUCUGAGCUCCUGGGGUUUUGUAAUAGCACACAGCUCAAAACUUCACCAUUUGUGUAUUUUAUCUUUGGCUGAGAAAAGUCUGAAGGGUUGUGGCUUAUUUUGUUUUCAUUUCUUUGGCUUUGUGCAAUUUUCUUGUAACUUUAUUUGUACCUACAUUUCCUGUUUACAAGUUCUUUUAAAGGGGAGGGGGAGGGUUCUAAGAUCUCAUUUAUUGUAGAUAAAAAUUUUUUUUCGUGUUGUAGAAAAGCAUGGGUUAUGCAUUUGACUGAAAAAGGCACUGUAUUUACCAAAGGGGUAUUGUUUUUGCAUUUUUUUAUAAAUGCAUUAUUUUGGUACUGUAAAUUUGGACAUAAUUUCUGAGUUUAUUACUACUGGCAUUUUCUUUCUUCUUUUUUUUUUUUAACUGUAAGUGCACGAUGCAGGUGCACAGGUCUCAGACCAAACCAGACCACCAGCAUGUCCUUGUCCACACCUUGGGGAUGGUGCACUGCCCUGUGUGCCUCAGUUCCUCUGGUGUUGGUUUGUAUGUUUUCAGUUCAGCAUCCUGCUUUGUUUUACUUUCCAAGCAAGAUCUUUUGAGAUUCUCAAUUGCAUUCUAAUGAGCUCACCCUGAUUUGCCGCUCUUCUUACGUAUUUUGUGUAUUAGAUUGUGAGGGAGGUGUUCUAGAAGGCAUUCAUGGUUUGCAUUCAAAGUGGUGUGGUUUGUCCAAGUUAUUCUCUGUCUUUAUUAUUGAGAUGGAUUAAUCUCCUUAUUUUUUUCUUGAUGAUUUGAAGUCGUAAGAGUUGUCCAGCUAUUGCUUAAUAAAAUUUUGCAGAUCAAAAAAAACCCAAA